CGUACGUAUUAUUAUAAUUAUAAAUUUAUUACUCAGAUAAGGUGUCGUCUGUACAAUAUUUUUCGCGUAAUUGUGUCUUACAAUGACCUGACUGUGAUACUAUGAUAGCGUUUGAUUAAUGUAAUUUCGAAUGUUUUUAGUCAUAUCCUCAGUAACGCUGUCGUAACGUUGAUUCUAACUCAAUUUCCUCCUGCACUGCGACGUCAAUCAUUUAAUGACGUAUUAUUUUCUAAUGUUAUAUUUAUUUUACGCAUCUGUUACUCGGAACACCACCACCGCAUGAGAAGUGAGCUUUUCUCAUAGUGUAGUUCAAAAUGGGGUGGCGGUGGUUAGUGCUUUGGUCAAUGUGGUUGGCAGGUUUUGUGCGCCAGCCCACACUGCCACUUCGUAUUUCUUCGGGGAUUUUGCGAGGAUCUGUGUCCCCAGACGGCACGCAUUUGCACUACAAUGGCAUACCUUACGCUUUAAUCACGCAAAGGUUUCGGAAACCUGGUCCUGAACCUUCUUGGGACGGUAUAUUUGAAGCGAUUUAUGAAAAUAUUCGAUGUCCACAAAGGAUCGGUAAUGCCCUUGUUGUUGGCCAGGUAGACUGCUUGACCCUUAACGUUUACACUCCAGUUAAGGCAGAUGCAGGCUCUAAUUUACCAGUAAUGGUUUACAUACACGGAGGUGGAUAUUCCGAAGGUUCCGGAAAUAGCGCCAUAUAUGGGCCCAAUAAUCUUAUAAACAAGGGCGUCAUUCUGGUCACAAUAAAUUAUAGAUUAAACAUUCAAGGUUUUGUUUGUUUGGGUAUCAAAGAAGCGCCCGGCAAUGCUGGUAUGAAAGAUCAAGUAGCGGCCUUGCAAUGGGUGCAGCGAAAUAUAAAAGCUUUUGGUGGAGACCCAGAUAACGUUACUUUGUUUGGUGAAAGCGCUGGCUCUUCCUCAGUUUCGUUUCAUAUUCUUUCACCUAUGUCAAAAGGUCUCUUUCAUAGAGCUAUAUUACAAAGUGGAUCAUCUAUGUCACCUUGGACUUUACAAUAUCGACCUGUUUACAUGACAAGCUUACUAACAAAAGUAAUGCUUCAUAACACCGAGGAUGCUUUCGAGUUGUACAAUAUUUUAAUGAAUAAAACUGACGCAGAAUUAGUUGUCACAAGAGUUCCUAGAAAAGAAGGUAAUGUAAUAUUCUCUGAAUUACUUUAUGUGCCUUGCGUAGAAGAAGAAAUCGAGGGUGAAGAGGCAUUUCUAACAGAACAUCCUCAUGAUAUAUUUGUUAAGGGAAAUUAUAAUAAAGUGCCAGUUAUGAUUGGCAUGAACAGCGAUGAAGGAUUAUUCUUCGCAGCUAUGGAAAACAACACGGUUAUACAUAAAAUAGAUAUAAUAAAGUCUCUGCCUAAAGAUUUAUUAAUAACUUCAGAUAAGGAGCGCUGUGAAGUGGGAAACAUGUUAAAGAAAUUCUAUAUGAUCGAAGAUAACAUACCUUCGUCUAAUUUUCUGAAUCUAGCAAAGUUUCACGGCGAAAUAUUCUUUACUUAUCCAACAAUACAAGAAACAGAGUUUUAUUUAAAAACCAACAACGAACCAGUAUAUAGUUAUAUUUUUAAUUAUAGUGGCAACAGAAACUUCCUAAAGAAAUCACUUGGAGAACCGUUCUCUAGUGCUCCGGGAGCGACACAUAUAGACGAACUAUUUUAUAUCUUUAGUCAAUAUCUGAUCCCCGAUUUAUUUGAGAAUCAGAUGAUUGAAAAGAUGACAACUAUGUGGACUAACUUUGCGAAAUACGGAGAGCCAACACCCGAAACGACAGAACUUCUUCCAAUAAAAUGGCAUCCAUCUACGAAGGCUUCUCCUCAUUCGUUAGUGAUCGACUCGCAAUUUAGUAUAGUGCCAAUGGGAACCAGUGAAUCUAUUAAAUAUUUAAAAAGAAUUUAUGCUAAGUACAGAAGAAAAAAAACGCGUGAUUUAUAAAUAAAACAAAACUGUUAAAGUGAAAUAUUGUAGACAAAUAUUUUAUGGUAUAUGACUGUUUACGCUGAAUUUCUUCCUGUGAUUUAUUAAAUAAUAAGGUUUUUGUUUGUAUUGUACAAUACGCUUUUUAUUGUUUUGAUAAAUAUAAUAGUUAUAGUUUGCUAAAUUUAAACUGUCUUGCCUUUCUUACGAUUAUAUUAUAUUGAUCUGGGAUUAUAAGUAAAAUUUAAUAUUUUAGUAUAUAUCCAAUGUAAACAAACAAGCAUUAUUAAAGUUACACAAUGUAACAAAUUUGUCUCACAAAAUGUAAGGAUAUUGGCCCAAAUCACUGUCCCAUCUAUUCAUUGGAAGGCGAAGGAGCCCGGCUGAGCCGUUAUUGGGCCGCUGAAUGGGAGCCGCUCAAUGACGGACUUAGCGAGUUUAAUUUUCGCCUCUUUUGAUGGAUGACCGAGUUCUGAGCUGCCGUAAAUAGAGGCACAUUCUUAAGUCGUUUCAUCUCACGCUGUACGCAUUUCAAUUGGAAUUUUAGGAACUUAUUUGACAAGCCUACAUAUGUUUGAACAGAUAACUUCUAUUAGUAUAAAUUACCAUUUUUAACAAAAUCGGUAAUUGAAGUGAAUUGACGUAAUUGAUACUAUGGACCUGUACAGAAAAUACUUUUACUAUAUUCCGUUACGGUGGCAAAAUCCCUAUAUAUAUCCUUACUAUUUGUAAGAUAUCUGUAGUUAUUUCGUAAUGUUGGACUUUGCCUAAAGAUAAUUAUUAUAUCACAAACGGUUUUAUCGAUAUUGUACUGGGUACCAAAUCUAUUGCAGUGUAUUUAAGUACCCAAAAGUUUAAAUCACGCGGUAAAUAACUGGUAGGUCGUACAGCAUUAACAGGCCUGCACGGAGAUACCCGGAUAUAUCCGGAUUAUGUUAAACACUACUCGGCCCGGAUUACUGGCAUUUCCCCGGAUUUACGGCGUUUUUCGAUGCGUUCCCGGGAUUUUAAGCUGCGUAUUGAAUAGUGCGGUUAAUCUUUAUGGGCCUCGGCUUAUGUGUGAAGAUGUAUUGUGCUCGAUUUUUAAAUAAACUAUUC